AUGGAAACGAUACAACGCAUGAUGAACAGUGUAGCCGAGGUAGGUAGGGAGUUCUGGCUUUGAAGUUUUGUAAUUUUUGUGUUUUUUGGGGGGUGGUAAAAAAUAAAAGAGUUCAAACAAAUAAAAAAAUUUUUUUGAAAACGUACCCGACCCUUCUCCACCGCCAAGCCUUGAUAUUAAAAACGGUUUUCUCAUAACAAUAUUGUUUACAACAAAAGCCAAACAACUUUUAAAUAAAAAAAAAUUUUCAGAAAGUAAUGUACGUAAACUCGACCAUCCCCCCAGAACCCGACCCCGACACCAAUCUACGCAAAUUCCUCUCCGUCGUGGGCUUCGGAAUCGGCGUUGAAGCCAUCUGUGUCAACCUUUUCGCCCUCUGGUUCUUCAUCCGUUCCCCAAGUGCCAAGAACGUGCACGGUCGAUUGUGUAUCGCCAAGACCGCCGGCGACCUACCAUAUGCUCUGGCAAUGACAUUUUGGUGGCUACCAUGGUCAUAUUUCUACAAAAGCGUGACCGACUUCCAAGGCCUUCAAAAGCCUCAUCUGUCGCUGGAUUUUGUUAUCGUUACCAUCACUUUCACAUCGUACUAUUUUGCACUAAAUGUGGAGGUGCUGAUUGUGUUGGCACGUUUUACUGCCGUCUUCUACACCUUUACGUUCAAGAUGAUUUUCCGCCAGCGAUUUGUGGGUCCAAUCCUCUCGUUUUGCCUUGUUUUGGGGUUUUUUCCAGUGGGUAAGUUACUGUGCAAACAAUAUUGUUUUAGGUCCGUUAAUGGGGUUGGAGGAGAAAAGUUGAAAUGUCGCCAAAUGUUUUUGAAAAUGGUUUUUAAUUACGUAAAUAGGUAUAGAGCAUCUGAAAAAAAAAUUAAAAAAUUUCAAGAAAUUUGAUAAGUUUAAAAAAAAUUAUUAAGUUGUCCAAAUAUGAAUGAGCCUUUCAAAGUAAUACCAAAAAAUCCUAAAAACCAUAUUCCAUUGGCCGCAAAAUAAAAAAAAAUAAAAUUUCAAACCUUUCAGCCUUCUCCUCAUUCACGAAUUACUGUGUAAUGUACUACAUGCCCGUGUGGCUCAACUGGGACCUACUGGACAUCACAAACUUCCCUCAGCCAUGUAAAUACAUAUCAUCUGCCUACGUCGUAACAUACGUGUAUAUCUGUUCAUUUGCUGUUUGUUGUAUCAUUAUUGCCAUUGUUACUGUAUGGAAACUGCAUGUUCUCAACAAUGUAAGUUACAGUGUAUAUGAGGUAGAAGAGGUAAGUUCUACAUAAUAUGCUCAGGUUUACUACUAGGUUGUUCAAAUAAUUCUGUCAAAGCAACUUUUUGAGACUAGAGCACAGAAUUAUGUGAACAGCUUAAUCUAAAUCGAUUUUAAACCCUAAUAUCCUAUUAUAUUACUGUAUAUAAUAGUAUAGCAGACCCAACUAUACCAAUUUUAUAUGCCAUUUGGCUAGCUAAUCAAAACAAGAUUACAAUAUCAAACUCAAGUUCCUAUGUUUUAGUCAAAAUUCGCCCAAAAUUCGAUGAGUUCGAUGCAACGAGCCCGCCGACGACAUUCAGAAUGGGUCCUACUCGUCGUCAGUAUAACCUCGCCAUUCGUAAUAUCACUGAGAGGCUCGGUAUCCCUAAUAGCCUACUUUACUAAGCCCUGGAGUCCCUUCCAUUCGGAGAUCUCGGAAAACUUUGUCUACAACUUUGUCCUCGACUUCAUCGUCGUUCAGGCUAAUGCGUAUGUUAUUUUAACAGGUUUAUUACUUUGAAUGAUAACAGUUUAAGUGCUCGAUGAAUAAUUGUAAAAAUUUGUGAAAUUACUUACAAGAUAUUUACUUACAUUUUUGUCAUUACAAAUUUUUCCAUAAGAUUACUGUAACGUGCGAUACAAAGACUUUUAUUCAAAAUAGGUUAAAAACAGGAGUUUUUUGGUCGAAAAUUGGAUUUUUGAAAAAAAUAAUCAAACGUAAUUUUAGAAAUAUUUUAUAUUUGAAAUCUACAGGGUUUCUCAAAUCUAAUCGAUUAUAAAAUAGCAGUUCAUUAAUAAAAUUCCGCAAUUUAUUUAAACUUUUUGUGAGUAACAUAAGCUUUUUCCAGUCGGGUUCGUAUCCGGUUGGAUGCAGUGCGGUUUUUAGUCAUAAACUAACUGUGCUGGUCAUAUAGUAAAAACCACUUUAUAUCUAGACUUAUCUUAACCUAAGAUACAUUUUACAUAGGCAUUCGACCUUAAUUUUGUAUUCCAUAUAAUAGUUUUGACCAAUUUUAGCCUAAAAACCGAGAAAAACUUUACUGUUUUGGACAAAACGUACCAACUUAAAGCUUUACAAACAAAUACUUCUCCUUUAACGCAUUUUAUUUUACAGAAUAAUUCAACUCUGCAUUAAUCCGGCAUUUUGGUCCUUUCUCAAAGGCAACUCCGUUACACACAGCAGCACCAAACAUACCACACCACCUCACAAAAUCAAAGUCAAUAAUGGCGCAGACUUACUGUAA